AUGCCGACUCCAAUCAACUGCUUUGGCUCUGGAGCUAAAUCUGUUGUACUUGACCACGUCUUUGCCGCGCGUAUCCCGCUCCGCCAGCCGCGUAUCCCGGCCAUGACGACGAUGGUGCAGACCAGCACCGAAACCUCUACUUGCUCCUCAUGUGGAUCCUUUGGAUCCUUCGAGAGCGAGGUGAAGGAAGAACAGCCAUGUUUGGAGGACAAGGCACGGAUGCCGCCCGUGAGCUCCUUGUUGUUGAUCCACUACUUCCUGAUUUUGUGCACGGUGAACCUGGUGAUUACCAUCCCCACGGCCAAUGAAUAUGCCGAAAGGCUGGGUGCUGGUCGGCUGUUUGCCGGGCUGAUGAUUGGAUGUUUACCCAUCCUGAGUAUCGCUGGCAAUCUUUGCAACCAGAAGCUCUUUGCUUGUUUACCCUUUAAGACCAUUUGGGUCAUUUGUUCCUUGGGAACCGUCCUGGGCUCGGUGCUCUAUGCCUUAGCUGGCUUGAUGAGAUUCAAAUGGACGCUGUUGAUCUCGAGAGGCUUGAUGGGUUUCUUCAGCGCCUUCAGCCUGCCGGGCAUUUACGUCUCGCACACUGUGGGUGUCGAGCGGCGCAGUGAGGUCUUGUUCUACUUCUCUGCGGUGCUGCAGCUGGGCUGUGCCGCAGGCCCGGCCUUGGCUGCUAUGCUGGAGGCAUCGAUGAAAUUUAUCAAGAUCAACAACCUGGUUUUGGACUCUGACACCAUUCCAGGCUGGUUCAUGGCUGCAGCGUAUCUCUUCUUCACAGUGAAGAUCAUCUUGUGCUUAAAGGAUCUUCCGCCCAACGUUUUGACCCGGGAGGUGACGUCAGGUGGGCGCACCUUGGAGAGCCCUAAGACUAAGAACCGGAUGAAGAUGUCCACGAUGGCAGCAGCAUGCGCCAUGUUUUGGCAGCUCUUUGUGUCCAGCGCCGUGAUCACCGGCGUCGAGGUCUACACCAUCAAUGUGGCACGGCACCAUAUGGGGUGGUCCAUUGAGAGCAGUGCCUGGUUCGUGGCGAUUCUGAUGUUAAUCUCGGGCGUCUUCAACCUGAGCUUGGGCAAAGUGAUUCAGUGCAUGGCCUUCAAUGAUAUCACAGGCUUGCUGAUGGGCACCUUUGUUGCUUGCCUCUCGUGUGUCUUCUUGUUCAACUUUGAUUUGGACAGUCAAUCCUGGAAAGUGUCCUUAUUGUCCUUUGGGUUGAUUUCAGUGUUGGUCACCAAUGGCUUGACGCGAGCCUUGGCCCUGAGCACCUUGGCCGAGAAAGCUCUGCGAUGUUCGCCGGGGCCUGGGGUUGUGACGAUGAAGCACGUGCGCACCAGACCCGGUUACCGAGGUAUUUGUUCCAAGCUGGUUCCAGCGGAGGCGGUGAACUCCAUCAUGACUUGGGCCACGGUGGCGAUGCACCCCGGAUCGCAGAUCUGCAGUCGAGUGCCAGUGGGAUGCGGCUCCAUCAUUUGCGCCGUGCUGAAUCCCGACAGCUUCGCACCAGCGACCUGGGAAGCAGAUCGAGAGACAUGUGUUGCUGGGCUUAUUCGCAGUGACCCUGAUGUUCAGCUGGGCGACCAGGAAGUACAUGAAGCCCGACAUGAAGGCGAGCUAAGUGAGCGCAGCGCAGCGCAGCCUCAAAAAGGCCUGGAGAGCCGAAAAUGGGAUCGGGAAAUCCUUCACAAGGCAUGGACCCACCAGCUUUCUCACAAGGCUGGGCUAAGGAUCACUCCUCAGAUGGUGGUGCCGGUGAAUCAGCCUCCAUCUCCACAGCUUCCAGCGCCUGGACCGAUGCAACCACAGAUCAGUGGGCCUCCUUUGCAGCUUCCAUCGCCGAACGGCACGCCGCCGAACGGCCCCCAGCCGCAGCCGGGGGCGCCACCGUCCAGCAAUGGCGGUAGCAUCUCCGCCUCACCACCGGGCUCCCUGCCACCCACGCCUGCGACGCCCAACGGUGCACCGGGGAUCUUCGGACAAGCUCGCAGUCAGUCACCCACGCAGCCGCGGGGCAGUGCCAGCUUGCCCAAGGUGCAGCCGUUCUUUGCCAUGCCGGGCCCGCCGGGAUCUGGACCAGUGGGUGGUCCCGUCAUGGCUCCGGUCUACCGGGCACCACCGAGCUCCUCGGCGCCCGGUCGCGAGCCGCGGAGCUCGCCCAUGUCGUCGGCAGAAGUGGACGCGCCGCUGCCGCGGCCCAUCUCCCAGCAGAGUAUGCCACGGAUCUCCACGCCGGAGGUCACGCCUGAGGGCAAGCUAGAUCUGGUGCGGAAGAGGGAAAGCCACAAGGAGGCGGAGAAGAUCGAGAAUAACAUGAAGGAUCUUGGCUCGUCCGAGGCAUCGGACCGAGCUGCUGAGAGCGAAGGCUCUUUGCACGACCCCUGCAUUGACGAUGCCGGCCUUGGCGAAGGCCUCUAG